CUGUAGCCCCUCAUACGGCCGUCGUUCUGCUAACGUACACUAUCCCUACUCUUGUCCCACGUGGAGGACCCCUCCACGGAUUAGAGAAUCACCACUAUACGCAUUCUCUAUGCCUGAUUCACUGCUCUCACCUAAUCAGAGGGGCCUAUCCUCACCUUCCCCGGGACCAGACAGGAGAAGCGGCCUGCCUCCUCGCAUUCGCCGCCGCAAUCGGGUCAUCUCGUCGUGUCUCGAAUGCCGUCGCCGCAAGCUGAAGUGUGACAAGCUGCAACCAUGCACCAACUGCACCAAGUUCGCCCGGGACUGCGUCUUUCUCGCCCCAGCCUUGGAUCCCGUGGGCCAGGCCAAGCUGGCCGAGGUCAAAGAGAAAAUGGGCCUGCUGGAGCGGACUCUGGAGCAGGAUGUUGCACGCAGUAAAAGCGAAGCGCGAGACGAGAGCUCGCCCUCCUCGCAACUUCCAGGCCAAGAUAUAGUCGAAAGCGACGAAAACAGCGCUCCCGAGGACGAGAAAGACCUUAAACCCAAUUCCUACGUUACCGAGGACGCAGCAUACGACGAUGCCGACGAUGACCUGGUCGACCUGGGCAUUCAGCUGGGGAAGAUGCGCAUCACAGAUCGCAUUGGAGGCUUUGUUCGACCACGCUUUCAGGAGGAGAUUCAAGAAGCGUUGAAAGAAGUGCCGCCUCCUCAGCCCGGCAACCGAUAUCCCGUGCGGACACCAACCUCGUUCCUAGGUCCGGGGCCCGACUACGUUGCCCCGGCGUCCAGCUUCUUCUUUGCACCAGAACCACGGAGAAUGUCAUUAAUGUCAUUUCUUCCUGCAAGAAGCACAGCGGACAGGUUGCUCGUUCAGUACUGGAAUGCCGUCCACGUUCUGGCAAAGUGCUUGCAUCGUCCCAGCUUUGAGAGACAGUAUGCUACCUUCUGGAGUGACAUAGCAAGCGGCGUGGAGCCAACGGCCUCCUUUCAGGCUGUCGUGCUCGCAAUGCUCAUGUCUGCAGCCAUCAGCUUACCAGAUGAGACUGUACUUACUGAGUACGCCGUCGCAAAGGCCGAUCUAGUCGAGAACUUCCGUCAGGGCUGUGAGACGAGCCUCGCUCGCGCCAACUUCCUCCGAACCUCUAAGCUCGAGACUUUACAAGCUUUCGUCAUGUACUUGAUACCGCUCUGUCGAAGUGAGAUUUCGCGUGCUCAUUCAGCUCUCACCGGCACUAUAAUACGAUUAGCUGAAUGUAUGUCCCUGCAUAGAGAUCCCUCGAAUUACGAUGUAUCAGCAGUCGAAAUGCAAGUACGUCGGACACUGUGGUAUCAAGUGUGUUUCCUUGACAUGCGGACGUGCGAAGCCACUGGCCCUAGGCCUCAGAUCCGUAGGGACGACUUCGACACCAAGUUUCCCCUGAACGUCGAUGAUGCCGAUCUGGAGUUGCCCAACCCACCAACAGAGGACGCAAGCCGUUUUACCGACAUGACUAUUACGCGCAUACGCUUCGAAUGCAACGAAAUGCACCGCCUGACCUGGAACGAACGGCCUCGCAUCGAGCGAAAGAAGACAACCUUCACCUCCCUCCUCGGCAAGGUCCAGAGCUUCGGCAAGGCGAUGGAGACGAAGUACCUCCCAAUCCUCGAUUCCCGGGUCCCACUCCAAUACAUGGCGAUGCAGAUCUACACCGUUCUCUUCAACCGCAUGCACGUCCAGAUCCUCCACAAAUACGCCUCCAACCAAGACCGCCUCAUGCCCGAGCGCCUGCGCCAAAUCAUGAUGGGCUCCUGCAUCAUCAUCCUCGAGCAUGCCAUGGCCAUCGAAACCAUCCCCCACGUGCGCCUCUGGGCCUGGUACGCCGGCGCCUUCCAGCAGUACCACUCGGCCAUCCUGCUCCUGUCCGAGUACUACGCCAAGCCGCGCGACGACUUCGCCCUCGAAGCCCGCGUCUGGCGCGCCCUCGACUUCGCCUUCGAGCUACCCCCGGACCUCGAGGGCGGCGAGAAAUCCCGCAUGAUCCUCCACGAGCUCAGCGACCGCCUUGGCGUCUACCAGUCCCACCGCCGCAUCCGCCCGCCCAAGAGCAUGGCCGAGGCCCCCGGCCCGCGCAUCCAUGCACACGAGUUCAAGCGCCAGGAGGCGCGCCGCUCGAAGGAGCGCGGCGAGAGCCUGACACCGGCGAUCGACUUCAGUGGCCCUGGCGGUAUCCUGCCUAGCACCGAGCCCCUGGAUUACAGCUUCACCUACCCCCGCAUGCCCGACGACAUUAUGCGUGAACCCACCUAUCAGCUUCCCGGGAUGGUGAGCCCUAUGCACGGCAGCGACUCCUCGCCCUCUAUGAGCAACGCCGCGAACCCCAACGUCGGCGGGGCUGGGAGCAUCAACAACAACAACAACAGCCCGGGCAAUGCGGAUAACAUGCUAGAUAUCGAUUGGAAUGAGUGGGAGCGCCUCUUCCCCAGCGACAUGAACGCCGGCGGCAGCGCGGGCGAUAUCAUGAUCCCGCCGUUCAGCUUCCCGCAUUUCAGCCCGAGCGAGUUGGAGGAAGGGUGGGCGGCGGGGAUGGGCAAGGAUCCGCUGGUGGAGUGGGCGGGCGUUGGUGUGCAAGGGGAGAGUCUGAAGUGAGGGGGGUUUGGGGCUGGGUUGGAGUGAAGCGUUAUGAGGUCGACGACAUGCAUAUGUGGAAUGGGUGGGGGGGAGUUGAGAGCGUUUAGCGGUGAUGCGGGGGAUUAUGGUAUGGGGUGGUAUUUGUGGCUUUGAUUUGCGGCAUCGCUAGAAAAGGAGCUGGCCGCCUUGUCUCUAU